AAAGAAGAGAAGUUGAAUUUUAUCAACUGAAAAUUUUCACGCACUUCCACGGCCUUUUUGAAUUUACACGUCCCCUCCUCCAGUCGCGCGGCUGAACGAACGAACGACUGGAAUAGCAACGCGAGACGGAAGUGACGGUGAAAGAACCGCAGGAAGCUGAAGAAGCCUUAGCAAGCGAGAAAGACGGACGAGUUGACAGUAAUGCUUCGAUAACGCGGAUUACCGUCUUCGAAGGAAUAUAAAGUUUCGUCGAGCAACAUUUCGCGGAAUGGUGUCGAUCGUCGAGCGAAUAUCGGAGUCGCAGAAGAGACGAUAAAACGGCACUAUUUUUCUCUUCUUCGAAAUUCAUUCCGGACUAACAGUAAACAUCUUCUCUUCACUUCGUUUCUCCCGCCUGUUUUCGGCGCGAUCGUUGACGCGCUUGCACGCGCGAUAACACGUCCCGAUCUCUCGAUGCUGUAACUUGGGAAGCGCUAAUAAGUGUCAAGAGGUUGCCGAGUCAAAAAUAGAAUCUGACGUGUCGAGAAGGAAUGCUUUUUAAUAUCGUCUCGAAGAAGUUGAAGGCUCUCCAUCCGCGAACGAGCAACGAAGAAUAUAAGAAAAGAUGUUAAACGGAAGAGUUCGAUCGUAUGAAACGUAAGAAAACGAAGCUGAUCGAUCGCGGGGAAGAAAAUUCGCUCGAUCACCACCGUGUCGGGGUUUUCCAAAAACUGCCACCGAAAAUCGACGAGGAAAGUUGCUGCCCGAACACGCUCUCGCACGUGUUUACGCGUGCGCCAGCACACGGUACCAAUAUCCACGCGAGUCACCGCUUUAUUUUCCACCGUUACAUCACUGUCGUCGGCGUUUCACUGUCGUACAGCGUCGACUAGUUUAUCGAAACAACGAUCCGCCACUUGAUUUUCAUCAGCUUUUCCGUCGCGCUCCUUUUUCAUCCGUCGUUCCAUCAGUGUAUAACGCGAUUACGUUCCUUUACCUCCGUUGGAAUCGUCCCGGGUCGCGAAAGGAGAGUCCUUUUUCUCAUUUUCCCACUCGCGACACGCACCGAGUUACUCUAAAAGUCUCGAAGAUCGUGAUGGCAUUGUUAAAUGAAUUGCAAAUUCGUGAAGAAGGUCGUGCCGAGGAUAAUCCCGUUCUUCCAUCGCCGAGUCGGAGUACAAGAGAAUAUUACUUCCAUCAAAUGAUUGAUCUUCGAUUGGUCGAAGACACUGAAUUUAACAGCACCCUGGAAGAAUCUUGCUGCGAUUUCUUUAUUUUGAAAGUGCAACGUUUGUAUCUUGCUCCAGAAGAACAGCGAUUUUGUAAAAUCUGCUGAAUUAACGGAAGACUUGCACAGAGAUCACAAAGACGAACGAAUGGCGAAACGCUCGAGACAUAACUGACAGUCCGUGCACUUCAUUCUCGCGCAGCACGUGUUGAUCGUAAACACUCGCUUGCGUCAGCGCGAAUCGCGGGAAAACUCGUUGUGUCAAUGAAACGAUGGAAAACAACGAAGAUCGAUACCUGAGAAACUCCCUUUUUGUCAAACAGCACGAAACAGAGAGAAGAAAAAACAGAACGAUUGCGUUUCGUUGAUAGUUUCUCGACGACGUUCGACACGGUGGAAUUUCCACGCGGUUCACCGACGUAAUGGACUCUCUACAUACUCGGAACGCUUGGAUACCUUCGCAAACGAUGACACAAUUUUACUCGUUCCACAUUUUUAUCUCCUGAAUGCUCGGCUUCGAACGCUCACGAAGAUCUAAUGAAGAUAUCGUCGAUUUUUUUCACGAUCCGGUAUUCCAACACUUCCAACGAUUCGCGCGUUAAACAAAGCACCGAUGGUCACUCGUUAUCGCAAAAAGUGUAGUUAGCGAUAACGAAUAUAUUGUUGAACAAUGUUGUUACAUAUCAAUCGGUGAUUCGGAAACAUGAAAAUUCAUGACAUAGAAUUGUCACAGAAUAAUACUUAUUCCACGUCAGUCCACGGUAUAGAAUGUACGGUUGUCGAAGAGAGCGAAGAAAUUGACGAGGAACACGUGUAAAUAUCUACUGGGAAGCUUCGAAACCGGCACAGAACGUGAUCCGAAGAGAGGUCGAAGAAGACUGAAGAAAGCCGGGUACCAGGCUCGACAUCGUCGUUUCUUAUCGUUGAACCAUGAAAAGGCUGUUAAUUUGGUGGUGGAAUAUUAUUAAACAGUACUUAAGGAACUGUAAUAUUCAUGGUAUUGGAUAUACAGUGGAUGAAAAUCUUUCGUAUGUAGAAAGAUUAUUUUGGUUGUUCUGUUGCGUACUAUGUUGGUACGGAUGUGCAAUCACGAUCAAUAAUGUGCUAGAAGAUUAUCACGAGUAUCAUGCUGCUGUAACCGGUGAGACUACGUACCUUGAUUGGGAGACUCCUUUUCCCGCUAUUGCGUUUUGUAUUUCUUCUACCAAAACGAUUAAAAGCAAAUAUUUUAAAAGGAAUCCAGGAAUGUUCACAAAUUACUCCAAUCCCAGUUUGCUUCAAGCAUCAGCAGAAGAACUUUUGGCUGCUUACAAAAAGACGAACAUACCCUGUACGGAAUUUUUAGCCGAGUGUACCUGGAACAAUAAGAAGUUCAAUUGUUGCAGCGAAUUUCAAGUAAUAAGGAAAACUGGUAUCGGUCAUUGUAUCGCUAUGAAUACCUUACAUGUGAAGAAGAUGAAUGAACCGAGUGUACGCUUCUUCGUCAAUCGCACCGUAAAAUACGGAGACGUUAUCAUUGAUAUUCACAUAAAUUCGAAAACGAAAGCGUACUUCUUCACGUCGUUUACAGUGCACGUUUUCAACAACCUCCAGCUACCAAUGCUUACUAACAUAGAGAAGGACGAGAUACAUAUGAAGCCUGGCAAAACAACCUUAGUCCAAUUUAUAAUACAGGACACGAUCAAUGAGGAUGGCGUGAAGAAAAUUGCGAUUGAUCAUAGAUUUUGUCGUUUCCCGGAUGAAAAACAGGCUAACGGUCUGUUUGACAUUUACAGCAGCGAUUCAUGUUAUCUCGAGAUGAUAAUAGAACGGAUGAUAAAGUUAUGUGGUUGCGUACAUUUUUAUUAUUUUGUACCGAAAGGAGCAAGGGCUUGCAACGGAACUGAGAUGCUUUGUAUAAUUGCGAACAAAACGGAAAUCACGUCGCAGGCGGUGAAGAAUGAACAAUGCUAUCUUAAUUGCGAAGGGACAUCGGUGAUCUUGAAUGGACUGGAACCUUACGAACAUAAUUCUCCGGAUCGUUCCUACUCAAGAAUUCAUUUUUCUUUACUUUCGCAUCCAACAGUGAGAUAUCGUCGAUACGUUGUCAAUGACAUUUUAGAUGUCACAGUUUCAGUCGGAAGUGUAUUUGGUCUCUUCAUGGGAGCCAGUAUUUUGAGUUUCUUUGAAAUACCAUACUGGUUGUUCUAUCGUCGAGACAAACUAGCUGAAGUGAAUUCUUCUUAGUUUUAAAAGUCA